GAUGAAUGUCUCCACUCUGUGCAGCUCGAGCUCGAGGCCGUGGGAAAGCAGAUUCGCGACCUGGAGGUGAGGCAGGCCCAGCUGAGAGAGCGGAGAACCGCGCUGGAAUCAUCCCGGGCUGACGCUCACAAGUCCGGGGUAAGUAUACAGCGAUCUGUUAACAGUCCCACCACGUCUACUCCGUGUGUUUCUCUGCACAGGCCCGGUGCACCCAGGACGCGAUCUUCCCAGAUGUCCUUCACUGCGACGCCGGGACACCACGGACCCUGGGUGCAUCCACAGCGGAGGACGCGAGCCGGGUCCCGGGCGACGACUUCUCCCCCUCCUGCCUUCGACAUCUCCAUCCGGAACCGCUUCGCUCCCCUCCGCGAGACAGGACGCGACGCUGUGAUCAUCGGAGACUCCAUCGUCCGACACGUAAGUGCUACGUUAGCCGAAGGUAAAGUGCACACUCAUUGUUUGCCUGGUGCUCGUGUUCUCGAUGUUUCUGCGCAGAUACCCGUGAUCCUGAAGGUCGACGAGAGCCCCAGAGCGGUCGUGCUUCACGCCGGGGUUAACGACACCACGCUGCGGCAGACGGAGACGCUGAAGAGGGACUUCAGCAGCCUGAUCGAGACGGUUCGCAGCACGACGCCCGCGGCGACGAUCGUCGUGUCAGGACCACUGCCCACGUAUCGACGAGGACACGAAAGGUUCAGUAGACUUUUUGCUUUAAAUGAAUGGUUGUUGUCAUGGUGUAAAGAACAGAAACUGCUAUUUGUUAAUAACUGGAAUCUUUUCUGGGAGCGUCCUAGGCUGUUUCGCGCUGAUGGAUUACACCCCAGCAGAAUCGGAGCUGAGCUGCUCUCUGACAACAUCUCCAGGACACUUCGCUCCAUGUGACUAGAUUUACACAAGCUCCAGUCUGGAUCCAGAACACCUGAGAAGAGAUGAUGCUGACCCUCAGAGGACCUCAGAUGAUGCUAACCUUGAAUCAACAAACAGAACUAACAAUUAUUGCUACAUGUGUGACUGCAUCAUAUAAUUACUAUUAAUUAAUAAUAUUGAUAGUUCAUCAUCUAGCUGACUACGUCUUGUAUUAUUAUUAUUUUUUUUAUUUUUCUAAAAUCCUGUCAAACGUGCACAAACUACUAGCUACUACUAAAUAUUGUAGAAACAUAAUUUUCUGUAAAGUUGCUUUGUAACGAUUUGUAUUGUAAAAAGCGCUAUACAAAUAAACUUGAAUUGAAUUGA